GUUGGUGUAUGCGAGUGGGAGAUGGACCGUGAGCCCUCUUCUGAUUAGCGAAGCCGAAGAGCGCCUCAAAAUAAUCAGAACUAUAUAAAUAAUAGACGAGAACGGGUUGCUGAAACAAAAACAUAUAAUUUAGUCCAUCUUUCACAUCCACUCCACACACACUAACACGGCAUUGAUGGUAAUGUAUGCAAGGAAACAACCGAGACUCAGCGAUGGGUGCAACGACCGAAGGGAUUCACAGCCGUACCAGACUCUCAAAUACUCGUCGAAGAGUCACCCCGGUGGUGAUCAUCGCCAUGACAAGAUGCGAGACACCGCAGAUGCCACUCCUCCAUGUAAAAUGUUUCGGCGAUCUGACAGUCCUGACAACAAACCCAUCGACAGCACGGGGCAUGGCAGGGCAAAGGCAGUCCACACGCACCGGGCCAGAGAGAGGGAUGGAGGCACCAGUUAUUCUCCACAGGAGAAUUCACACAACCACAGCACCCAUCAUAGCAGCUCCAAUUCACAAUCAAACCCCAGCAAGACAUCCGACACACCUUAUGAAGAUAAAGAUGACUGGUCAGAGCACAUCAGUUCCUCUGGGAAGAAGUACUACUACAACUGCAGAACAGAGGUCUCACAGUGGGAGAAACCCAAAGAGUGGCUGGAGAGAGAGCAGAGACAGAAGGAGUCCUGCACUAAGUCGGCGCCAGUCAACAGUUUCCCCAAAGACAGGGACUACAGACGGGAGGCCAUGCAGCAGGCUACAGCAGUCACUGGCUUUACUGCUGCUAAGUCAGCCCAGGUGGAGAAGCAGCCAGCGUCGGUGUCCUCACAGUCGUCCUCCUCAGGUUCGGGCCUGAACCCCACGUCGGGUACCCCCUGUUCCUCCUCGGCCCCCACCACGGUGCCAGUGUCCCCGGUCCUCCAGUCCCACGCCCACACCCCCCUGCUCCAGGACCCCUCCCUGCUCAGACAGCUCCUCCCAGCACUUCAGACCGCCUUGCAACUCAACAACGCAAGCGUCGACAUGGCCAAGAUCAACGAGGUCCUCACAGCUGCUGUCACUCAAGCGUCGUUACAGUCAUUGCUUCAUAAGAUCCUCACGGCCGGCCCAUCGGCUUUCAACAUCACCACUCUGCUCUCCCAAGCAGCCCAGCUCUCCAACCAAGCCCAGCAGUCGAACCAGUCCCCCAUGUCCUUGACGUCAGACGCCUCCUCUCCCCGCUCCUACGUGUCUCCCAGGAUCAGCACGCCUCAGACCAACACUGCUCAUCACAAAGCCCUGCUCAGCACGCCACCUGUCGCCUCUCAAACCAAGGUGAGCAACACGCCAGUUGUGAAGCAGCAGGGAUCAGCCCCCCAGCCCUCCUCCCAGCAGCCCCUCCCCAGCGACAAACCACACGGACACGACAUCGCCGCCUCCCCUAGGACCCUCCAGCGCCAAGGCGGUCAGAGGAGUCCGUCCCCAGGUCCCAACCACGCCCCCCCCAGCAGCAGCAGCAGUGCCCCCACCACCACCUCCACACCCUCCAGCUCCUCCAACCGGCCAGCCUCCUGCUCCUUCACCCCCACCCUAGCGUCACACUUCAAUGAGAAUCUCAUCAAGCAUGUCCAGGGCUGGCCCGCCGACCACGCAGAGAAGCAGGCAUCCAGACUACGUGAUGAGGCCCACACCAUGGGAAGCAUCAACAUGUCUGAAAAUUGCACCGAGCUCAAAAAUCUGAGAUCCUUAGUUCGAGUUAGUGAAAUUCAAGCGACAUUACGCGAGCAGAGGAUAUUAUUUUUGAGACAACAAAUUAAAGAACUUGAAAAGUUGAAGAAUCAGAAUUCCUUCAUGGUCUGAGAACUUGAGUUGAAAAGGGGUGUGGCCCAUUGCACAUGGUUGGAAGAGAGCUGUUGAUUGGGAGAACCAUUCUGUGUUCUUGUUCUGUGCCCAGUCUGAACACUUUUGAGCUGCAGUUGGAUUGGCUUUGCACCGCUGGACUGGACUGGGCAGGGAGAGUCUGAGUGGUUGAUGGUUGUUGGGGAGGAGAAGAGCGGAGAAAAGGGGUUGAUACAAGACAUGGGCUGCGUCCCAAAUGGCACCCUAUUCCUAUUCCAUUUAUAGUGCGCUACUUUUGAACAGGGACUAUAGGGCUCUGGUCAAAUGUAGUGCACUAUAUAGAGAAUAGGGUGCCAAUUGGGACGCAACCAUGGUUGGUUUUGUAUGCGCCCUGGAGAUGUAGAUUUCUUGUAGAUGUUAUCCAUGUUGUAAAUAUGUUUUGUAGAUGACUAAAGCCAUGUUUAUCAACGCUUUUGACAUCCAAAGUCAAUGUUAUGCCGAGGAAGCAACGGCUUAAGUUCAUAGCCGUCUUCAUGUUAAACGCAUCGGUCAGUGACUACGUCCCAAAUGGCACCCUAUUCCCUACAUAGUGCAUUACUUUUGACCAGAACCCUAUAGUCCAUGGUCAAAAGUAAUGCACUAUAUAGAGAAUAGGGUGCUGUUUGGGACGGAGGCACUCAGUCAGCAGACUUCAAGCUUUUUUGUUAAUAGAUCAGUGAACCAUUGCCUUGAGCAUGUCUGUGACCUAUGAUCUGCAUGGAAACCAUGGAAACUGUGGAAGAUGGCGUUAUAAUAACUGAAACAUAAAAAAAAGACCCUAAUGUAACACAAACAAACACAAACAAACAAACAAACAAGCAAAGCAAAACAAACUCAAAUGUUUUCAUUUUCUAGUUCUCUGUGCUCUUGAAUAAUAAUAAUAAUAAUAAUAAUAAUAAUAAUAAUAAUAAUAAUAAUAAUAAUAAUAAUGCUCCAUGCAUUAUAACCCAGUCUUAUUUUCCCUAUUUAUCACCCUCUGGUGAAAGUAUAAAGGUUACACGCACACAGGAUGUCUCUCAAAUGGCACCCUAUUCCUUUUGUAUGGAAGUACUUUUGGCAAACGUCGGGCACUAUAUAGGGAAUAGGGUGAUGUUUGGGAGACAGCCACACACAGCUACCCAUUCCCACCAUCCUCCUCAAAAGGUUAAUCAUGCCUGGUCGCAAUGGUUCAGAGAUCUGUUUGUUCACAGCUCACCAUGGCCCUGUCCUACAUUGCAUUUCCCAAAACAGACAAACCAGUGCCUGAUGGUGUGAGUAAUGGAAGAAAGAGAGCACUGCAAUGUUGUGCUUUUUUUACAUCAAGGACAAUUCCCAAUGCUAGCCUGUCCCUAACCCUGCCUCAGGCCACACCCAUUACAUGCAGAAGCCCAACCCCCUGGCCUAGCUCUUCUGAUGAGAAGAGUUGUCUUUCUAAAACCCUCCUGUUGGUUUUUUCUUUCUCCAAAACUUUCCAGCUAAGUUAUUUUUGUAUAUUUCUUUCUUCUUUUGGAAAACUGUACUUUUAUUAAAUGUGAGGUGGCACCAUCUUGGUUCAACCAAGAGUUCAUUCCUAUGUACAGUUGGUAAGGUAAAAAAAAGUUGCAGUGAUUACUAGUAUAUCAGAAUGUUAUUAAUAAAUUAUUGCUACAUGUUUUCCUUUGCACCCUGUUAGGAGUGAGUGAAUGAGUGCUACUGAGAGCUAUUAAAGAAGUGGUUUGGGGACACUGUCGAGGCAAGGUAUGGGGUGCGUCUGAAUUGGCACUGUAUUCACUUUUUAAGUGCACUUACUUUGACAAGGGCCCAUUGGCAAGACUAAAAAGGAGAAGACAGCGAUUUCAUAAUUUUCAAGGUUCUUCAGCAAGUGAACUGGGAGCCAAAUGGAGCUCCCAGUGAAUGGACCUGAAUAAUGCAAUUACAACUCUUGUUCUUUGUUAUGACUCAGUCUUCUUCUUUUUAGUCUUCCUGCCCAAAAUGUAGUGCACUAUAUAGGGAAUAGGGUACAAUUAGGGAUGCAGUCAUGGAGUUGAUGAUCACUACCCCCACUCACCAGGGUCAGAGGUCGAGCAGGGCAAUGACAGCCAGGUCACAAGGUCAAAUGUGAAAUGUAUGUAUUUGUAAUAAACAUGCUAAACUCAAGCGAGCACUGUUAUUUUCUGUUCGAGUUUUGUUUAUUACUAUUAUAACGCUAGUGCCUUGUUGAAAGUCUUAAGUCACACAACCUCUGACAUGGAAAUAAAUAUUUCAAGUUUGUUUUCUAUUUGAUCAGUAACAAAGAUAUUCAAUAAGCAUGUCAUGCAUCAAUCUGUAGGGUUGUUUUUGCACUCCCAUCCAUAAUUGCAUCUUUGUAUUUGUAUUUGUUCCCCUGUUCACUCUGAGUCAGAACAGGAACAAUGUUUGUAUCCCAAAUAGCACCCUAUUCCUUAUGUAGUGCACUACUUUUGACCAGGGCACUGAAUAGGGAAUAGGGUGCAAUUUGGGAACCAUGUGUGUCCUCAGCUGUGACGUGUUUUUCUCCACUGUUCUGUUAUUCUGUUGAGUCUGUGAUUGAGCUGCACCAACACAUUCAGUAAAUAUGACCACAUUUGCUUUGUAUAUUGUUUUCUUCUGAGUAUUGGGAAAAAAUAAAUAAAAUAUGCCUCUACAGGA